CCAUCUCCAUUCUUAAUUAGUUUUUCUCUCUUUGCUUCAACAGAGUAUACUCCAGGAAUUUCAAGCUGGCGAUCGAAAAUGAAGGAUCCAGUGUCCGUGAAAUCAUGCCCAAGAACAGAAGAAUCAUGGGAGCUGGUGAACCUGAUGAAGAAGGCAACAGGUGGCCCCCAUGGCUUAAACCUUUGUUAAGAGAACAGUUCUUCGUUCAAUGCAAGCUUCAUAUUGAUUCUCACAAGAGCGAAUGCAAUAUGUAUUGCUUGGAUUGUAUCGAUGGCUCUCUUUGUUCUUCUUGUCUGCCUUCUUACAGGGAUCAUCGCUAUAUUCAGAUAAGGAGAUCUUCGAACCAUGAUGUAAUAAGGGUAUCGGAGAUACAAAAAUACCUGGACAUAACUGGAGUUCAAACCUAUGUAAUAAACAGUGCCAAGGUCGUCUUCCUCAAUGAAAGGCCUCAACAAAGGCCAGGAAAAGGUAUCAUCAACACUUGUAAGGCCUGUGAUCGAAGCCUUGUCGAUUCCUUCCGCUUUUGCUCUCUCGGUUGCAAGAUAGUUGGAACAUCAAAGAAGAGGCAAAUGGAAAAGGCAACCGAGUCCGAGGACUCAUACAGCAGCAGUAGCCAUGGAAAGUCAAAGAACAACCACAGUGACAAUGUGAGGAGCUUUAGUCCUUCAACACCCCCUCCAACAUCGGUUAAUUACAGAACUGCCAAGCGAAGAAAGGGUAUACCCCACCGAUCCCCAAUGGCAGGACUAAUCAACGAUAUUAGGGCACAUAACCUUAAAUUUUAGAGGUAUACAUUGUCCCAUUGCCUUAAAAAUAUAUAUAUAGACAAAGCGAUGGUCACAAUGCCCCGAGUCUUUCACCAAAAAGAGCCGGCAUUGUCAUAUUCUCGAGUGUCGUGUAAAAAGAAGCAGCACAAACAUACAAGUGGGGAUGACAAGUGGAAAAAUAAGCCCCCAAAUAUAUUAAGAAGCCCUUUCAUUUUUAGAACUACCCUAGGGGCUUAUUGUA